CUCUCACUCACUCUCUCGUGAGAGACGGCGGCUAGAGAGCGUUUGCUGCGCGCGCAGCUCUGCUGUCACACGGCUCCAUCCUUCUCCUUCGUCUCCGUUUUUGAGGAGCGACGCCGAAGAGCCGCCUGUCAGCUCUGCGGAGACCAAAAAACCGCAAAAACACGCGAUUUCUGCUUCGUUCUAGAGCGCUUGGUUCUAGAAUGCCUCGUUCUAGAACGCUCGCGUGACCGACGUUAACGUCGACGCUCUUUUUUCUGCUGCGUCUGAGGAGCAACGAGAAGAUAAUCACUCUCCAGCGGCGACUGCGGCGACGGAGAAGCCCCGCAAUAAUGAAAUAACACGGGGCCGAGGAGAAGCGCGACGCUGGCUCGACGUCGUUCCGUUAUUUCUCCCUCGCUCUUUCCGUCUCGUCGGCUGUUUUCCUCUCAGGACUGGCCUUCAGAAUCUUCACUGAAACAAGAAAAACAGUUAUGAAGUCCUGAAGAGGCGAUGGAGGACCCAUACAAGGACUCGGUCGAUAUGGCAAACCCUCAGGAGGUCUGCAAUAGCACAGUAAGCGGAAGUGAUGCUGUUGGUAAGCUUGAGAGUGAGACCACCCCCAUAAUCCCAAAUGAGACAUGGAACGUCACUCCUCCCACCAUCACAAAGAGGUCUCUUUCGCCUUUGUUGACAAUUCAGGCAACUCCUGCUGUGGCCCCAAAUACAGAAUCUUCUGGAGGGGUUGCUCUAAAAGUGGCAACCACAGUUCUUCAGCCCAUCUGCUUGGGGGAGAGUCCAGUUGUGCUGCCUAUCCUAGCAGGUACAGCAGCCCCUCAAGUGGGACAGACUGGGACCACCCCAUACUUGAUGACUAGCCAGGGUCCUCUGUCCCUUCCCCUAGUUUUAGAACAGCAGGUGUUGCAGCACCUGAACCCUCAGCUGCUUCAGCAGGCUGCCGCUUGCCCAGCCCUUUCGCUGCAGAAUAACAUAUUGUGCCAGAACCCAUCACUUGCUCUUGGACCUCCACCUGCUCUUGACCAGAAAGGAACUGGUCCAGUAUUGGACACCAGUCUCCUGACCCUUAUCCAGAAUCCAAACUUUGCUGCCAUCUUGCAGGACCUUUUUCCAGGCCAGGGUAACACCUCGCCCACUUGUCAUCCAGCAUCGUCCCCACAGGCAGACCCCUUCUCAUCUACUUUCCUAACUGCUCCCCCACUUGCACAUCCCUAUAGCUCUCCACUUGCCCCACUGGUGCCACCAGCUACACUGCUUGUCCCCUAUCCAGUUGUCAUCCCCCUUCCGGUGCCUCUUCCAGUUCCAAUUCCCAUCCCGGUACCUGUCUCAACUUGCAAGGACACCAAGGUAGAGAUGGAGCCCCCUAAACCAACGUGUUCUGCAAGUAAGAGCACUCAGACAUCCACUCAAGACUUUCCUUCCGCGGUGAUGCCUAGCAAGGACACAGCAGUCCCUCUGCCACCUCUUGGUUCUCUUUCAUCCCCAGUGGUGACAGACGGUGAAGUACUGGAUUUGUCCCUCAAGGCCCCCCAACCUCAGCAACUGCGCAGUGUCAGUUCAUUAGAGAUCCAGCAGUUUCAGCAAGACAGUGCCCUCGAUCUGUCUGUACCCAGCGAGAGAAAGACAUGCAUCCAGUCGUGUAGUGUCUAUGGAUCACCACCACCUGAGCGAGAGAGAACCUCUAUCACUGGAGAGGAUGUCAGUAAUGGGACUUUGGCUCUCGGUGUCCUGCGGCCAGUAGAUUGCACUUCCAAACUGGACUCCAAGCUCCUGAGUGGUUUAGCAUCUUUGGAGUUCAGCCGACAGCACAAGUGGGUGGUGGACAAUGGUAGCAGUGGUUCAGUUGCCAGUUCGGUCCACGAUGCUGCUCUUGGUAGCAGUGGCAACAUUGAGAUCGUCAGCACUUCGCAGACAGCCAAGGUCAUUGUGUCAGUGAAGGACGCCAUGCCUGCCAUUUUCUGUGGCAAACUCAAAGGUCUGUCAGGCGUCUCCACAAAGAACUUCUCUAUCAAAUGUGACGCAAGCCAAGGGGGCUACGCUGCCCUGCCCAGGACCCAAGGGGAGCAGCGGGGAGACCCCAAUGACCCACUUAAAAAGAUCCCUAAAAAUAGAGCCAUCAAAUUGAAGAAAGUCAGCUCCCAAGAGAUACACAUUCUGCCCAUAAAGAAGCAGCGGCUAGCUGCCUUUCUGCCCAGGAAAUAACACAGACUCUGGUGUGGAUAGUGUGAAAGAGAGGAGUGCCUGAGCGUUGGAGACAGAAGGAAAGAAAUACAGUGCAUGCAAAAAGCUUGAACCAGAGGAAGACAGAGAGAGAGAGAAGGAAAAAAGAGAAGGGAGCGAGCUAGGGUUUGUUGAUGCUAAAGGCAUUCCUGGCAGAAACAAGACCUAGACGCUCUCCGAACUGUCCAAACGAUUUAGGGCAACACUGGCCGCCUCUGGUCUGCUAGUUGGCAUUUGAUCCAUUCAUUAUAAAGCAAUCAGAGAGAUUCUUUAAGUGACUGAGUCAACAGGAUAUAUAAUGCUUAGAAAACGAGGAGCUGAAAAUGACAGACUGCAACACUACUGUACGAAUCAAUCACAUUUCCACAUUUCAUUUCCCUCGAAACCGCUUCUCUGUCUCGGAUAUGCAUUUUGAUUUUGGUCACACAUCUUCAUGAAUUAUUCAUAAGUCUUCUCUAAUCUAAAUGGCCAUUAAUAUGCAUAGGCCCAGUUCUGAGACUUUGCCAGCUGCCAGAAAGAGAUCAGUCCUGGAUUCCUCAUAGAAACACAAUGCAUAGAAUUGGCAAAUAGGCAUCUCUGUCUGUUCGGUACAUGCCAAAUGCUCCUUGUCCAUCAUCGGUUUGCUGUUGUUUUUUUGCACAGACUGUUGCUGUGGGUUUUGUUAUGAAAUUAACUUCAUGAGAGCAGAUCUCCUCAUUCGUUUUGGGGUAGUGUGUGACCUCUGUGCCUCCCCCCCUUAGCAGGUAAUAGCUGUAUUAAUCAGCGGAUCAGCGAAGCGGAGCAUCCGCUUUGAUGGGGGGUAGGGUUAGUGGUUAGCGCAGCAGGCUAAUAAUGACUUGGCAAAGCGCAGGCCUCCGUUUCAUUAACUUUGAUGAUCGGCGGAAAUGGUUGUCAGUGGCAACAAAGCACAGUUUUCAUCCUCCUUCUUUCUUGGGGGGAGGGGAAAGAGAGGAAAAUACUUCUCCGCUGCCCACCCAAUCUGAAUUAAAACAAAAUAAUCACCAGGGGGCUGUUCAGUAGAACAGGAAAGCCGAUUAAACGGUUUAUUAAUGUUCUUUGUUUGGACCUCAGUUGUCUCUUUUUCUGAACAGCUUAAAUUCAGACGUUCAGACAGUAUUAAAAACAGUCAACAAAUGCUGAUAUGCAUGUCAGGCUCACAUCUAGGUUAUUGCUCGGUUCUAAUUUUGUGGGAUACUUACUGUUUGUAUUGACAGCCAAUUAAGUAAGUUGUAAUACACUGUAUUUCAGCUUGCCCCCCUGCCCCUCACACUGUGGGCCAAGCAUUCUCGGCCCUUUAUUUGGCCCUCCUGGCUCUGUAUUUGGAACAGCUUUAGGCUUCUUUCCCACAGAUUAGUGGUUGAGAGAGGAAAAUUUUAUCUCAGAUUUUUUUUCUCUCAGAUUCCAUUCGGUUUUGCCCCUCAGCAGCUGAUGAAUAAUAAAAUUUUAACUGCAUAUAAAUAGCAAUGUAUGUUAUUACCGUGCGUCUGUUUGUGUGAUCCUGUAAUUAGUGAAGUCCAAAUCUCAAGCCACCGUUUUAUUUUCUUCUGUAUGUGUUUACAAGCUGUCACAUGUUGUGCUACUUCGUGUUUUUAACGAUUAACUAUUUCUCCGCUUGGAAAAUGUGUGUAUGUGUGUGUGCUUGUGUUAACGAAGCAACGUAUGUUUGUCUAAACCUGACUUUGCUACACAUUUCUAAAAAUUCAUUGUACUGAGUUGCCUUCAGUGCUCUACAUUCCUUUCUUCCCUUAAAGGAGUACUCCACUGUUUUCAAUCUAACUGUUAUCUACCGUAUCUGGAGCAUAGUCAGUUACCAGGUUUACAAUAGAAGCCAACGGACAGUUGCUUUAGUUGCUUCUGAUAUAACUGUUUUUUUUUGUGUGUGUUGAAAACACAUUGAAACAAUUGUCCAUGGUAAUUGAUCAUUUUGAAACAGAUGCAGAGAUUAGCUCAAAAAACUCUGCUGUUUGGUUGUACAACGGAGGCUAAUUCUAUAUCAGAAAUACUUUGAGAGGAUCCACGAGGAUCAAUUCCCACCCCCCAUGUUCGUUUCUGUGAUGAUAUAUUCACUAUUUCAAAUGGAAAGGUGAAUGAGCCUACCUAGCCACUUUUGUAUGGCCUUAGUGAUACAUGAUCAUUUCUUUUCAAAAUCCCGUUGGUGUGCAGAUCACAAAAGAAAAUAAACAUUUAAAGACGCAAAAUAAAGGAAAAUUUGCCCAUAACAAAAUAAAGUAAUUCAAGAAAGAUGCUCGUAAAACAGGGUCACUGAAGUGUUUUCAGUUACUGUGCUGUCUCGGUGGGGUGGGCAUACACAACACAUUUAAACUAGGCCACAGAGAUGCCCCCAGAGCAGAAACACUACCAAGACAUGACGUCAGUCAACGCUGAAGUCCACUAAGCCACUUUUCUCGUCAUGUAAAGCUGGGAGCUCAGUAUCAGUAUCAUGUGCUUGAAUGCCAUCUAUUGCCUCUAUCAGUACACCAGGUCGAAGAUUAUAAACCUACACUGUACACUGUCUGUACUGUUAUUUGGAAUAAAGACACCACAAGAGAGUCAUCAAGCAAGGAAGUAAUAAUUGUUUGGUUCCUCAUGCCAGAUGUGACCCAUAUGGAUCUUCAGCUUUCAGUGGUUCUCUAUGGAUUUGCCUUAAGAAGAGACAACAAACUGGCUUAUAUGUAGAAAUUCCUGUACAUUUCCUGUUACGUCUUCUCAGAUUAUAUUUAAUAGGUUUUCUUGGGACAAUAAGGAUAAACUUUAUAUCACUGUCAACACAACGUGCUAAAUCAGUUUGAUGAUCAGUGUAAUCCUCUCCGAUAUUCCACUGUGUUUAUUGCACACGUUAUCAAUACUUAGCUGUAGAGCCUUAAUGUAUUAACUGGCAUGUUUAUCAUAUGUUCUUAUUCCUGUUGUUUUCUGGGAAAAACAUGCAACCGCUGCAUGAGUGCCGAAUAGUUUUAGAGAGGGAAAAAAAAAAAAAGACACAAGACUGUUGAUACGGUAUUGAUGUGAACCAGUUUCUGUCGAUCCUACUUGCAAGAUUGUAUAUGAGGAUUUUGUAGGUAUUAAUAUUUAAGUACUCUGUGGGAAUUUUUCUACCAUAAAUGACUUUUGUAAAUGAAGUAAAUGUGGAAAAUGACUGAUGAGAAACAAAAGAGCUGGCCAUGUUUUUAAAUUAUUUAUUUAUUCUUAUUUGUAUCAUUUAAAAUGUGGAAAAAAAUGUGUAUGUGAAGGGUGCAUUACCUUUUAAAAAUGCAAUGAUUAAAAAUGUCUAUUAACAUCUGAA